CCGCAGCUAAAUAACCACUAAAAUAACCAGAUCCGUUCAUACUUCUUCAUCUUUAUCGCAUCCUCCAAAAAACCCUCCAGAUACCGCAGACUUCUUCUACUCGUCGUCGAUCGUCCGCCCCUCACAGCUGUAGCCUCCAAACGCCGACCCUCCCAGCCGCAGCCGUCGCCGCCGAACGCCGUCCCUCCUAGCCGCAAACGCCGCACGCGGCUCCUCCCAGCCACAUCUGCUGAACGCCGCUCCUUCAGAUGUAGCCGCUGAACGCAUCUGCUCCAGUAGCGGCCGAACGCCGCCCAACGCCGCUCCUUCCUAGUACAAUCAUUUGCCGACUCAUUCGCUCAAUAGAGAUGAAUCGAAGCUGGAUGUAUGGUAAACGGAACACAUUGGACUUUAUGACAGGGGUAGCUGAGUUUUGCAAAUGUUGUUUAGAAUACAGAGCGUUGACUGGUUAUGAUGAGUUAUAUUGACCACGUAUAUUUGAAAGUUUGUCACAAGCAGCAGAAAAACCAUUAUAUCACGGGUGCACAAAAUACACAAAGCUAUCUGCCACUUAUUUGGGUGAAAUUUAUAAGUGAGGCGACAAGUUUUAAAUCAUCAAAGGGAAAGAAGAAAAUGGACGUCCAUAAAAAGCCAUCCAAACAACGAUCUCUAGUGUCUGAACAGGUUCUAUUGUCCCUUAGCAGAGAUUGCAAAUGGAUGCACUCUAUUAUAGCAUCCCGAUCUAGCGAUGAUCCCAUUGUUGUUACAUUAGAUGCUAGAAUGUUCCAUUACGAAUCUGAUGAUGGUAAUGCUUAUCUUACUAUCGAGGACAUCAGUCAGUUUCUAUCUGGUGCCAUGCUUAAUAUUGCUAUUAUUCAAGUAUUUGUGAUAGCAAUGCAGGAUUAUCUACAGGGUUUGGAUACACAUGCAUAGCUUGGAUGGAUGUGUCCUGAUUCAAUUUGUGCGACUACAUGUCAAAAUAACCCUGAAGAUGUGAAAGUUUACAUACAUCGAGCCAUCAAUGAAUCUCGGAAUACGGGCAUAGAUAUUCUUGUUGCUCCUUAUUAUGAAGAUCAUCACUGGGUGUUGCUUGUGGUUUGGAUCUCACGCGGCAUAAUUUUUAUGUAUGAUUCGCUCCGUACCAGCCCGAUGCGUCGCUUAUUAAUCAUGCCAUUGUUCAGCAGUGUUUUUAGAAAUAUUUGUGGUGGUGGUGGACAUGUGAAAAAGAUAACUUGGAAACAGAUGAAGUGCGCAAAACAAACGGGCGGUUUGGAAUGUGGAUUUUAUAUAAUGAGAUUCAUGUUUGAUGUUAUUAAGAGUAUCGCUGAAGGUCACGAUCUGGAGCAGGUGUACACGAGCAAUGUAAGAGAUGAUGCAUUGUCAACGGCAGAAAUCAGUGAAAUCCGUGAUAUGUGGGCCAUAUUUGUUUCUGACAAUUUCUUGUAAACUCUUGUAUAAACCAUGUAUUGUAGCAAUAUACUUUUUUGUUGCUUGGGAUGUGAUUGAAUUUGUAAUGUGCCUUUUUGGUGGUCUAAACUAAACUUGUAUUGUAACUAUUGUAAUGACUGAGAACUUGGAUGGUUAGAAAUACAAUUUUUUUUGGUGAUCUAAAA